AAAGCAUUCUUUAUUUCUUUAUUCAUCACUCUCUAUAUCCUCAAGUUCUAAGUUUCUUUCUUCGAGAAUCUCCUUUGUUUAGACAGUGUCUAUUGUUUCGACGUGAACGAUCACUACUUACUUACUACUACUAUCUACUAUUGCCAUUUUUUCUUCUCUCUCUUUGAUUGACCUGGCACCUUUCUACUACCACCUACUACGUGCUGCGCACACUACUCGUUACAUAUUUAUCAUCGUGGUUGAUCGUGAUAUUUUAUCUUGCGCUGGCGCAAUAAUCUCCCAUCUCGACACAACAUACACACAUACACAUCUCUCUCCCUUCCUACUAAACCACCACCACCACCACCACCACCAGCACCACACCUAAAACAGAAAUAAAAAAGAACAACAUAAUGUACCUCCUCGCCUUCCGCCUCAUCCGCCGCAUCUUCUCCAAAUCCAAGAAAUCCAACAACAAUCAAGACCCCAACGGAAUCAACCUCGACUACCCACCCCCACCACCAUCCAACAUCCCCCGGCGGCCCCGUCUAAAGCACUACACGGAGCUCUUCUUACACAUCCUGCAAGCCGUCUUCGGCCUGACCACCAUAAUCCUCUACGGAAUCGACAUCCACCAUGCGCACGAAAAGUCCGAGUCGGCAGAUGCACGCUGGGUAUACGCCAUCGUGACGGGGAUGAUGGGGUGCGGGACGGCGCUAUUCUACCUGGUUAUGAUGCACUGGGUGUUGAAGACACGGACGCCGUUGGCAAUGCGCGAAAGGUGGAAUCUGCCGCUGUUUGUGUGGGAGGCGGUGUUGUGCGUGUUUUGGUUGACGCUGUUUGGCAUCUUUGGGAAGUUGUAUAUUGGGGAUUAUGAGGAUAGUAGUAAGGUGACGAGGAUGAGGCAUGCGGUUUGGGUGGAUUUGGUGGAUUUGCUGCUGUGGGUGGGAACGGCGUUGUGGAAGGGGAUGAGGUGGUGGAGGGGGCAGAGGGGGGUGUUUGGGGUUGAUGGCGUGGAGGAGAAGGAGGGGGUUUAG